AUGGCCACCACCUCCGAUCCCCGCCCAACAAUCACAAUCCUCGGCUCCCUCAACAUAGACUUCAUAACCCUCACUCCCCGGCUCCCCUCCCCCGGCGAAACCCUCUCCGCCACCUCCUUCACAACCGGCUACGGCGGCAAAGGCGCCAAUCAAGCCGUCGCCUGCGCCCGUCUCUCCCCUCCCGACUACCACGUCCGGAUGCUGGGCAAGGUCGGCGACGACACGUUCGGAGGGGAGUACCUGGACGCUCUGAGGAAGGAGGGCAUGGAUGUGGAAGGCGUGAGGAUCGUGCAGGGGGGGAAGACGGGGGUGACGAAUAUUAUUGUUGAGGAAGGGACGGGGGAGAAUCGCAUUUUAUUCGUGGCGAAUGCGAAUCAGGAGUUUGAAGCGGAGGAAAACUUGGUCAAUUCGCGAAAUGGAGCGGCGGGGAGGAGGGAAGUUGUGGUGCUGCAAUUGGAAAUCCCACUCGAGACUGUCCUCCACAACCUCUCCCUCGCCUCCACAGCAGGCUCCCACACAAUCUUCAACCCCGCACCCGCCAUCCCCCUACCGGACUCCGCAUACCCCCACAUCUCCACGCUCAUCAUGAACGAAACCGAAGCGGGCAUCAUCUCCUCCUCCUCAUCGUCUUCCACCACCUCCUCAUCAUCUCCCACCAAUAAACAGGAGGAAGAAGCGGAACCCUCCAUCCCCUCCCUCCUCACCCUCGCGAAAUCCUUCCUCGCCCGCGGCGUCAAGGAAACCGUCAUCAUCACGCUCGGCGGUAAAGGGCUCGUCUACGCUACCCGUGCCGGCGGCGAAGGACACGUGGAAGCGGAGAGUGUCAAAGUUGUCGACACGACGGCUGCGGGCGAUACUUUCGUUGGCGGGUAUGCGGUGCAAAGGGCCAAGGCGUUGGUAGAGGAGGUAGAGGGGGAAAAGGAGUGGGAUGUGGCGAGGGCGUUGGGGUUUGCUACGAAGGCGGCGGCGAGGACGGUGGAGAGGGCAGGGGCUAUGAGUGCGAUUCCGUAUCUGAAAGAGGUGGAAUUGUAG